AUGUCUGCUAAGGGGACUGCUAGUAGUCAAUUUUUGGGAUACUACAAUUUGCUUUCGGCACUUGGUUGGGGUUACAUUCUUCUAAGAGUUGUGCUCUCGAUUCUUAUGUUUCGCGAUGACCCAGCACACUUCUACCAAAGUACAAGAAACGUCGUCACUGCGGUCCAAUGCUGCGCAACAAUGGAGAUUGUGAACUCUGCCCUUGGUCUGGUGCGCUCUCCAUUGUUUACUACGGUUGCCCAAGUUUUUUCAAGGUUGCUAAUUGUCAUCGGUGUCUUCCAAUACCUUCCAGAGACUGCUCUGUGCAGCACUGUCGUGUACAAGACUCUUUUGGUCGCCUGGUCGACCACAGAAAUUGUUAGGUACUGGUUCUAUUACAAGAUGCUGCAAAGCCCCGCUGGUCCACCGAAAUUCAUCAAAUGGUUACGGUACAACAUGUUUAUUGUCCUGUACCCACUUGGAGUAGCCAGCGAGCUGCUCCUAUUGUUUUCCUCCCUGGAUGUCGCCGCUACAAAGUACGGACCCUCUGUCCAAUACGUGAUUGUAGCAUCAAUGCUGCUAUACAUUCCAGGGCUACCCAUUUUGUUCAAGCACAUGUUGCGCCAAAGACGCAAAUCAAACGCAGCCUUGAGAGCCAAACAACAAUAG